AUGGUAGACGUUGCUGAUGAGGCUGUGCAGGCCAUGCAGGAACAAAAUGGCAGCCCUGAUUUGUACGACAAGAGCGUUGGUGGCAUUCAGGUGCUCAUGAUGUCGCUGAUUUGCUGCUGGGCAAGCCACAUCGAAGUGUUCGGCCAGCUCGACGAAGCAAGGGUUGCCUCGCACUUGUCAAUGAUGACGAGGCUGAAGACAGUUACAGCGGCACGUGGGCGGAUACUCCAAGACGGUGACAAGAAUCACGGUUCACAAAUCCAAAAGGGUAUACACUACCUCAAGUCGUCAGUCAAGGGCCUGAUAAGACUGCAGUUUGUUGUAAACGCGCCCAAGGUCGAUGAUCCUUUGCCCUCACGACAAUGUCCUCGUCCUACGCCGGGUGACAUGGCCGCACUAAAGCAGCUGAUGUUGGUUGCUCCGGUCCUGGAGUCGCUCGCAAUCGUGGGAGACCCAAGCUCUCACUCCGACGGAUUUGCCGGUGGGCAUAUACCGGGAGGUACGAGCGACUACUCCGCCUCGAGUAGCCGCCCUUCUGGUAUAGACUUUUAUUUGCCUCCCUUCCGCUUUGCAGCUGGCGAGCGCUUGCCACCGCUUCGCAGUCUACACCUCUGGCGAUACGACUGGAGAUGCCACUCUGCGGAUGAUGUUUCUACGCACUGGGACCUUAGCCGACUCCGAUCGCUCGUUUUCGACGGAGCGCCGCUCCGCUGGUUCUUGGGAACGUUGGCUAUGGACCAGCUGCGCAACCUUACUGUUCUACGGAUUGAGGAUGCCGAGUGGGGUUUACAGCCUAGUGAAGCACGCCAAGCAGCGUUGAUGCUCUCGUUGAUGUUAACUCAUCAUAUCGAGAAACUAGAGUGGCUGGAGCUCAUAGGUAUCUACACGGACAACCUUCCCGUUGCGGCGAUUCGGCGGCACCAACUAUCCCUCGAGCGUCUUGUAUUACGGCACCCCUACGGGCUCCGAUCAGCCGUUGAUGCUGUCACGCCUUCGGUGUCUCCUGUGCUGCUUCUGGCACUGCUGAAAGACAGCGACGCAGGUCCCGGUGCAGAAGCAUUUGCCGCAACAAAAGACGACCCUGGUGGUGCUGGCGGCCUAUGUGAGGCAACGGAAGCUUCCCAAAAUGGAACUACCCAAACGACGACCUCUGAAGAGACUACUAUAUACAGUGACGAUAAGGAGGAUACAGGUGACGACUCGCAAGAUGACACACCCAGUGUAACUACGGAUGGCACUGCAAUCACUCCUCCGUCGGAUGUUGACGAGCAGCAGAACGAACCAAGCGAAGAGAACACGAAGCACGGACUUGUUGAGCACCAAAACCACCCACAUAACCAUGAACACAGUCUCAAUAGCCAUCUUGAGCCUACUCAGUCACAUCUUGUCAGUGUCGAGUUCGAUAUGGACGAGCGCCACAUGGGACCACACGAUGAACCCGAGAUCAUGACACGGUUGGCCCGGCUUCCCAUGGUGCGCAGUAUUUCACUGGCGGUACCAUCCGUUCUCAGGAACCUAUAUUGCGUGCCAAAGUACGACGUGGAUCUCCACAACGCGCUGCAACGCUUACUGUUUGUCCUCGGCCAGCGGCAGCAGCGAAUGCAUGAGCAGCGAAAUGCGUCGCAUGGCAGUGGCCAACGACGUUCAGGCUCUCUGCUCCUCCCACUAGAGCAGAUCACCUUUUUCAUUGACGGCUUCACCCCUCUUCGCCGCACUGAGCCUGGAUGGGACAAGGACCGGCACGACACCCUGUCUGGUGAAGUAGACGAGGCUGCUACCCGCGAACAAGAAACUGCAGAAGCAGAAGCCUUGCGCAAAUUGAUGGCAACUUUGGUCACACGCGUAGCUGAGACUACGGCAUCAGAACAAGUGUCCCAGCCCUCCGAAUCCCCUAAAUUAGACACGGCCGCUCGAGGCUCAAUAUCAACGCCAAGCCUGGUUGUGAACCCGCUGCCAGAGGAGAUGCCGCGGACAUCCACUACGGAGUCGACGACGGAGACUGUCAAGAUGAGUUCGACCAUGAAUGACAGUCCGACUACACAUGGACUGUCGUUCCUCCAGCCGCACAACCCAAACGAGGUGGAUGCCACACCGGGUAUUGCCCAAGCACUCAUGUUGCGCAGCCAGAAAAUUCGGCCUCAGCGCUGCAUCAUUGCAGAACUGAUUUCUCCGGCAGAAGUCCCCACCAUGUCGUGCAGUCGUCAAACUGACGCCCAAAACCACAACCCAUACGACAGUUGCAGAUUGCUCACGUACCAUGUCUACGAAGAGUUUGCCUGCUAUGCGGACGAGCAGAGCCCGGACCUGACGUACUACCAGAGACGUGACCUGCGCGAGAACAACCUCCGUCCUCGCCAGCGGAUGAAACUUCCCUUUGUGGUUCACUUUGAGCAGCCGGCCAAUCUCCCACCGCCCCGCUGGGAUGUUUUGGGUGUUCCUCUUUAUAUGUGA